AUGGCUGGUGGAAGUGGACCAAAAAAAGAGAAGGAUGAGAUGGCAUCUGUGGAAUUCGAGUCUUCUGAGGAAGUCAAUGUAAUCCCAACAUUUGAUAAAAUGGGGCUCCGAGAGGACCUUCUACGUGGAAUUUAUGCUUAUGGAUUCGAAAAACCAUCAGCAAUUCAACAAAGAGCGAUUCCUGCAAUUCUCAAGGCUCGGGAUGUGAUCGCUCAAGCACAAUCUGGUACAGGAAAGACUGCGACAUUUUCGAUUUCAGUACUUCAAUCAUUGGAUACACAAGUUCGAGAGACUCAAGCUCUUAUUCUGUCUCCAACGAGAGAACUGGCUGUUCAAAUUCAAAAAGUUGUCCUUGCUCUCGGAGACUAUAUGAACGUCCAGUGUCAUGCUUGUAUCGGAGGAACGAAUCUCGGUGAAGACAUCAGAAAACUCGAUUAUGGACAACACGUUGUCUCUGGAACCCCGGGACGUGUGUUUGAUAUGAUUCGCCGUCGUAAUCUCCGUACUCGUGCCAUCAAACUGCUUGUAUUGGAUGAAGCCGAUGAAAUGUUAAACAAGGGAUUCAAAGAACAACUAUACGAUAUCUAUCGUUAUCUUCCACCUGGAGCACAAGUUGUUCUUCUCUCCGCCACACUUCCUCAUGAGAUUUUGGAGAUGACCAGUAAAUUCAUGACGGAUCCCAUCAGAAUUCUUGUAAAACGUGAUGAGUUGACACUCGAAGGAAUCAAGCAAUUCUUUGUGGCUGUUGAUCGAGAGGAAUGGAAGUUCGAUACUCUUAUCGAUCUUUAUGAUACUCUCACAAUCACUCAAGCUGUGCUCUUCUGUAAUACACGUAGAAAGGUCGACUGGUUGACUGACAAGAUGAAGGAGGCCAACUUCACUGUAUCAUCAAUGCAUGGAGAUAUGGAGCAGAAGGAUCGUGAUGAAGUGAUGAAAGAAUUCAGAGCCGGAACUACGAGAGUACUCAUUUCAACUGAUGUUUGGGCUCGUGGUUUGGAUGUUCCACAGGUUUCAUUGGUCAUCAACUACGACUUGCCCAACAACCGUGAGCUCUACAUUCACCGUAUCGGUCGUUCAGGACGUUUCGGACGUAAGGGAGUUGCCAUCAACUUCGUUAAGCAAGACGACGUCAGAAUCCUCCGAGACAUUGAACAGUACUACUCAACACAAAUCGAUGAAAUGCCGAUGAACAUCGCUGAUAUCAUCUAA